CUGUGACCCGCGUUUCCUGCCAGCUUGCGCGGAAGCACAAACGAUCGAUCGACCAAAAUGGCGGGAAGAUAUGUUCUGAACGGUCUGAGUCCAUCGUCUUCGAGAAGUCACUAGAUUUCUUCAUCCAACACCUCAUCGCAUUUUGCAUGUCAAGUUUCACGUAUUUGCCCAUUUUAUCACAAAACCCUAACCGUUCUAAUUCACUCUUCAUUCGAACUCGGCGUAGAGUUCUGCCACUCAUUUCGAGUCGUUUCUAUUGUUCCUGCGUCAGAAGAUCUAUAAUGGUUGCAUUGAACAUCGUCGCUGAGUACGCGAAGUCUAAUCGAUCUUCCUGUAAGAAAUGCUCGAAAACCAUUACUGUGAAUACUCUGAGGUUAGGGUUGGUCAGUAGAGAUUCUCGGGGCUUCGAUAUGACGAGAUGGCAUCACUUGAGUUGCUUCCCUACUGACUCUGAGCAGAUCGUUUCUGCGGAGAAGAUAAAGGGUUUUUCGAUACUGAAGAGCAGUGAUCAGGAAGCAUUGAAGAAAUUGGAGGCCGGGCGGAGCCAGUCGCUUAAAGAGGUUUCUGAUGGAGAUGAAGAUGGAGCCGAAGGAAGCGAGGGAAAGAGUUCAAAGGAGUUGAAAGUUAAAAAAGCAGAAGCGGAGACAGAUGAACUUAAGGAAAGGAGUUCAAAGAAAUCAAAGGUUUGUAAACCAGAUGGAGCUGAGAUGGAUGGCCUUGAUCAAGGGAAUUCAAAUGAAUCGAAGUUGUGUACAUCUGGAAAUGAAGCUAAUUUGGGCAUAGUUUUUUCUCUUUCUGGUGUAAAGGAUAAGUACAAGGAUGCCACAUUAUUGCCAAAAUGGAAGGCUUUUCAAACAAUUAUAUUUCUUGAACGGGAUGAUGGACUUCACGAUUCAAGAAAAAUUGCUGCAUUCGAUUUUGAUGGGUGCCUGGUGAAAACAUCUGUUAAAAGAAUUGGUGCUGAUGCUUGGUCCCUUCUGUAUCCAUCAAUACCGCAGAAGCUGCAGACACUGUACAAUGAUGGUUACAAGCUGGUAAUUUUCACCAAUGAAUCAAACAUUGAGCGCUGGAAGAAUAAGAGACAGGUAGCUGUUGACUCUAAAAUUGGACGGCUCAACAAAUUCAUUAAGCAUGUCAAAGUCCCAAUUCAGGUCUUUAUAGCUUGUGGAUUAGGAAGCACUGGUGGUCAAACAGAAGAUCCCUUUCGUAAGCCCAAACCUGGAAUGUGGAGACUAAUGGAACAGCAUUUCAAUUCUGGCAUUGCAAUUGACAUGGAUCAAUCCUUUUAUGUUGGUGACGCAGCUGGGAGAAUCAAUGAUCAUAGUGAUGCAGAUAUCAAGUUUGCACAGGUGCUGGGAUUAAAAUUUUAUCUUCCCGAGGAAUAUUUUGGCUUAUGAAGGACGUCUAAUCUUUACUUUUGCAUCAUAACGUUUAUGCUCGCUCGUUCCAUAUCAUACUGUCUGCAAAUCAGAGGGACGAACAUGGAGUUUAUUUUGUACAUUGGCAACCACCCAAUCUGUAGUUUUACCUAUUUGAGCCUUGUUUACAAGGCAAUUUUUAUGAUGCCCGCCGGGAGAACUUUGACCAAUCAGAAUCCUCUGAAUUUUUUUGAUGAAUAUAUCAGCUGAUUGGUUACUAUUUCACGUCA